AUGAAGAAACCAGCCUUCAUUAUCGACGCGUUCACCACGAAAAGAUUCGCUGGGAAUCAGGCGGCUGUUUGCUUGUUCGAAAAGGAGCUCCCCGCCGGAGAAUAUCAACAAAUCGCGUCCGAGUUCAACCUCUCCGAGACUGCCUAUCCGGUCCCUUUAGAGGAGGGCAAGGAUUUUAAGACUGGCUCCCUCUUCGGACUACGCUGGUUCACCCCAGCCACCGAGGUUCCUCUUUGCGGUCAUGCUACCCUGGCUACUUCCCACGUCUUGCUGAAUGAAAUAGGAAAUCAAAACCCCGCUCUAACCUUCCGUACCCUUUCCGGUGAUCUGAUCGUGAAGAAGGGAGAUAAUGGAGCGGUGGCUAUGGAUUUUCCGCAGUACGAGAUCAGCAGCGUGCCGAUCCAGGGAUCUAACCGAUUCGAGUCGGCUUUCCCGAAAUUUGAAAAAGAAUUCGAUGUCGCGCAGUUGAUCGAGAAGCUCCUCCCCUCCGGCCUUACCCUUGCUGGAGUAGCCUAUGCUCCUGCAGCCAAGAAGCUGAUUGUCGUGUUGGAUGGGUCUACGACUCGCGCCGAGCUAGAAGCAAUUCCCCGGACCAGCCCGCUGGUAGAUGCUCAUCCCAGUGGAGAAUUUGUACGCGGUGUCAUCGUUACAUUGGCGCCAAUUGAUGCUGUGAAACAGGGCUACGCAGAUGAACAAGGGACACCGUUCGACUACGUUUGUCGAUAUUUUGCGCCCUGGGUCGGUAUUGUUGAGGAUCCGGCGACAGGCUCGGCCCAAUGUGCCCUGACCCCGUUCUGGAGUCGAAUUCUGAAGAAGGACGAGUUUUACGCCCUUCAAGCGUAUCCGGGUCGCGGCGCCCAGUUCCGUCUAAAACUCGAAGACGGGGGAAGAGUGUCGAUCAUUGGGAAUUCCGUUACUGUACUCAGCGGACAGAUCGAUACAGCU